UCGCGCCCGGCGGCCGGGGCAGGCCAGCGAGCCCGCCGGGCUGAGGGGGGCACUGACGCGGGCCUGGAGACUCAGUCGUCGCUGUCCGCAGUGAUUGUCCUCUGAAUGCCCAUGCCACAGCCACGGGAGGACUGCUACAAAGAAUAUAUCAAAAUGAUGACAAAUAUUGUCAUUUUGAGCUUGCUUAUUUGUAUUUCGUUAUCUUUCUGGAUUGUGUCCAUGACCGCAAGUACGUACUAUGGUACUUUACGGCCUAUUUCUCCAUGGCGUUGGCUUUUUUCAGUUGUGGUUCCACUAAUGAUUGCUUCACGAGCCUUUAAGAAAAAAAGUCUGGAUCACAGUGGAGCUUUAGGGGGAUUAGUGGUUGGGUUUAUCCUAUCUGUUGCAAAUUUCAGCUUCUUCACUGCCCUGCUCAUGUUUUUUCUUACUUCUUCAAAACUUACUAAAUGGAAAGAAGAUGUAAAGAAGCAGAUAGAUUCAGAAUUCAAAGAAGGUGGGCAGAGGAAUUGGGUGCAAGUAUUCUGUAAUGGUGGUGUCCCUACGGAGCUAGCUCUUCUGUAUAUGAUAGAAAAUGGACCAGGUGAAAUUCCAAUAGAUUUUUCCAAGCAGUACACUGCAUCGUGGAUGUGUUUAUCCCUUUUGGGAGCUCUGGCCUGCUCUGCUGGUGAUACCUGGUCUUCAGAGAUUGGCAGUGUCUGGAGUAAAAGUGAGCCAAGGUUAAUAACAACCUGGGAAAAGGUGCCAAUAGGUACUCAUGGAGGUGUUACAUUAGUGGGCCUAAUUUCAAGUCUCAUUGGUGGCAUGUUAGUAGGUGUGGCUUACUUUAUCACUCAACUUGUUUUUGUGAGUGAUCUGGAUAUAUCUGCUCCUCAGUGGCCAAUUGUUGUGUUUGGUGCAAUGGCUGGUUUACUGGGAUCGAUUAUUGACUCCUAUUUAGGAGCUACAAUGCAAUACACUGGUUAUGACAAGCGUAUUGGCAUGGUUGUCAACCACCAAACAAAAGACUCAAAGCACAUAUCUGGAAAACCUAUACUGGACAACAAUGCAGUGAACCUCUUUUCUUCUGUAGUCAUUGCUUUAUUACUUCCUGGUGUGGCAUGGGGUUUCUGGCCAAGAGGGUGAAACUUCUUAAAUCUUUUCAUACAUAGUUCAAAUGCACUUAAUGUGAAUCAAAGGUUUCUUCUCAAAGCACCGUUUUUACCUUGCUUGAGGGAGUGAGUCCUUUGUAUCCUUUGCAAAGCCAGAAGGAUUCACCAUCUUAACUUCCUUAGCCUGUAUGUUUCAUGGGCAAAUACCAUCUUUCUGGGUAUUGAGGACCAAAUGAGGCUCUGCUAAUAACCUGUCAGUGCUAUUCCUUAAAUGGACACACAUCGUCACCGGGCAACAAAGUAUUUUCCCCUCUGAAGCUUCAUGCUUGGACUCCAAAUAAUUUCCAGCCCCUCAUAGAAGAAGGGGGGGGGGGAAGCGGGAUGAGAAAAUACAACUAGAAAUCAAACCUGGAUCUGCCAUACAACCAACACUGUUCACUGAGCCACACACAAAAUACUGUAUAUUUUCUGUAAUGUAGAUCACAGAAGUAUUGAUGAAAUCACUGAAUUCUAGUUUGGUGUAUAUUUCUCAUUGUCUUGGACAAUAUUGCAGAAUGAAUAUUCAUGGAAGUCUUUAAAAAAUUGUUCUUUAAUGAGCAUUGUUGCCUUUUCCAUGCUUUUGAUGAUGGGUAAGAAAAAGUGACACUAACAAUAUCGCAGGCAUAUGGCUAAAUUUAAAAUCAAAACUAACCUUUUUUCAAUAAGCAAAACAGUUUUCUGACUUUGUUUUCUGAAAGUCUUCCUUUUUAUGAAAUAGAAAUAUGCAGCUUACAUAAUAAGCAGCAUCAUAAGGUACUUAUUAGAUUAAAUUACUGAUAUCUAAAAGUAAAGUAACAAUUUUUUAAUUCAUAAAUCAACUGUUUAGAAAAGAUGUAGCUUGUUCUGUAACUGUGGAAUUACUCUUCAAUAGUCUGAGUUUAAUGGUAGCACGUUCACCAACUGGAGAUGGUCAUGUUCCUUUUCAGUAAUACUCCCUUUUUUGUUUUAGAAAUUACCGUUCACUGGAGAUGUUAAGGUGUUGGGGCCUUUAUUGUUGAUAAACUAUUACAAGAUUUUCACUUUUGUCAAAAAAUGACAGGCUAAAAUUUCAGUAAACAGUUUUAAGUUAUUAUAUAGGAUCAGAUCCUGCAACUGGAUUGCAUGUGUGUACUCUUGUGGUCAUGCAGAAAUUUUCCAACUGGAUCCACUUGCAGAAUGUGACCCAUAAAAAAAAUCCAUCCAGUUUGAGAGUGAAUAUCAGUUCCAGUGAUUAUCCCCAGUUUUAAGCAUGGGAAACUUGGCAGAACCUAAGUAUGACCACUGCACCUUAAUGUUCUUGUUAAAGAGCACUGUAACAUGAAAGGCGUAUGUGCCCUUAUUAUAUUUAACUGUAAAUAAACCUACUUUACUUUAUAAUUUUGUUAGGAUUUUGUGCUAGCACAUUUUUUAUGUUAAUGCCAUUAGACAUUAGAGUGGGGGGACAAUAAUUUUUAAAAGAGGUCCACUUUCUUAAGUGGCCCCGGGCCACCCAGGAAAGGGCAGAGCCAGGGCCAGGAGCUUUCUUGUGCUCCUCCCCUUGACUGUGAUUGGCCUGGAGUGGGGGAGCAUGUGAGUCCCUCUCCCCAUUACCUAGAGAGAAUCGCCAGCUGAUUUAAAACAGGUGGUGGUUCCCUCUAGGUGCUGCAAUGGGAGGAGACCUUGCAUGCUCCCCAUGUGCCCAGCCCAGUCUGGGCCUGGGGACAGGGGAGCACGUAAAAUCUCUCACUCCCUGCUCCUGCCCUGCCAAAGGCGCGUGGCAGCUAAAGAGAGCCACUGACUGUUAUAAAACAGCUGGCGAUUCCCUCUGUUGCAGUGCGCCCCUGGAACGUGAGCUCCCCCGUCCUCAGGUCAGUCAGGACCUGGGGUGUGGUGGAGUUUGAGGUCUCUUACCCCCUGCCUUCAAGGGCCAUGUGAUAGCUAGAGAGAAACACCAGCUAUUUUAAAGCUGCUGGUGUUUCUUGCUAGCUGCCAUGUGCCCUUGGCGGGGGGAAGAGACUUUGCAUGCCCCCAGUCUCAACUGGCCCAGAGGUGGGGAAGCGACAGGGCAGCUGCAGGCCAGACCCACCAGCUGGUGGACCAGAUCCGGCCCACGGGCGGCCCCUUUGCUCACCCCUUCAUUAGAGGA